UCUGGAACUGUGGAGACCGUACAAGCUAUUACGGGUACCAUUACAAGUCUGUAGCUACUCGUACUGUAGCAAGGCCGGAGCGACAUGACAACAUCCACCUUCUUCCCAACUAGGUCUAAAAUUACUUUUGGUGUUUGCUAUCCUCCUCCUCUCGCUGCCGAUCAUUUGAUAAACAAGGCAAGAUUACAAGAAAUGAGUACUAGUAUUUUAAUAGAGAGGGCAGGUGAUGGAAGUUCCAUUAUCAAUCAAAUGAAUGUUCAAAGCUGGCACAGUCGUUCUCACUUCUUUCGUUUUCCAUUUUCCAUUGCUUCCAUUUAUCGUUUAAACACAGUCUACCCGUUGUUGAUUGAUGCUGAUUUGAUAUAGCCGUCCAUUGAACCAUGUCGGACAUUCAAGCAAAGAUCGAUGAGCUCGAGGCCGAGAUGGCCAGAACUCAGAAGAACAAGGCCACGAAUUAUCACUUGGGAACCCUAAAAGCCAAGAUUGCCAAGCUCAAGUCGGAGCUGAUCAACGGUCCAGGAGGAAAGUCUGCUGGAACUAAAAAUGCCGAGCGUGGUUUCGAUGUGACCAAAUCAGGAGACACUCGGAUUGGACUCGUCGGAUUUCCAUCAGUUGGCAAAUCGACUCUGUUGACGAGUUUGACUGGAACCAGAAGUGAAGCUGCGGCUUAUGAGUUCACCACAUUGACCUGCAUUCCAGGAACUAUGAAGUACAAAGGAGCACGGAUCCAAGUUCUAGACUUGCCAGGAAUCAUUGAGGGAGCCGCUGAUGGACGUGGUCGUGGUAGACAGGUCAUUAGUACUGCCAGGACCUGCAACCUCAUUCUCAUUGUCUUGGAUUCGGCCAAACCCGUGACACACAAGAAGAUUAUUGAAGCAGAGCUCAACUCCUUUGGCAUUCGAAUCAACCAAACGCCUCCAGCUGUCAAAUUCGUCAAAAAGGAAAAGGGAGGCAUUGGCUACCAAGAGAUGGUAGCACAGACCAAGGGAAUGUCUGCAGAUGCCGCUCGAGUUGUCUGCAAAGAAUACAAAGUAUCAUGUGCAGAAAUCAUCUUGCGGGAAGACAUCACUGUGGACCAGUUUAUUGACGUACUUGAGGGGAAUAGAGCCUACGUUCCGGUUCUCUAUGUGUUCAAUAAGAUUGAUUCUAUCACCAUCGAAGAGCUCGACAUUCUGGAUCAAAUGCCCAACUAUGUGCCCAUUUCGUCUCAGCACAAGUGGAAUCUAGAAGAGCUGAUGGAAGAAAUCUGGAACCGGUGCAGUAUGAUUCGAAUCUACACCAAACCGAAAGGCCAAAUCCCAGACUAUGAUGCACCCGUCAUUCUGCAUUCAGAGAACCCCACUGUGGAGGAAUUCUGCAAUCGAUUGCAUAAAGGAAUCAUGGCGCAAUUCAGUCAUGCCCUAGUGUGGGGACGAUCUGCCAAACAUCAACCACAAACCUGCGGAAGAGAUCACGUCUUGUGCGAUGAGGAUAUUGUACAGAUCUGUAAAAAGGUUUAG